CAGAUAUUGGAAUUUUCCCAAGAUGACAGCUGAUAAGCUGGCGCCUAAUCCGCGAGAGACGGCCAGCUGCCUCUCCGCAAUUAUGUUCUGCUUUGCGCUGCCCAUAUUAUUCAAGGGCCGCAAAAAAACAUUGGAGCCCAACGAUCUCUACGAUGUGCUCAACGAGCACAAGGCGGACAAGUUGGGUGAGAAGUUCUACCAAGCCUGGGAGGCUGAGGUCAAGGCGAAAGGUCACACAGGUGCCAAAAAAGCGAGCAUGCUGCGAGUCGUACUCAAAGUCUUUGGCUGGGAAUUGGUUAUUUCGGGCAUUGUCCUUGCAAUACUAGAGCUGGGUCUCAGGGCCACCUUGCCACUCCUGCUGGCCGGCCUGAUAUCAGAGUUCAGCUUGACUGGCAAUGGACGCAGUCUGAGUGCUCAGCUCUAUGGCGCCGGCCUGGUGACAUGCAUUGUGUUGAGCGUGCUGCUGUUCCAUCCGUUCAUGAUGCACAUGAUGCAUCUGGCUAUGAAGAUGCGGGUGGCGGUCAGCAGCGCCAUUUACCGAAAGGCCUUGCGCCUGAGCCGCACAGCGCUGGGUGGCACGACGACGGGUCAGGUGGUGAAUCUGGUAUCGAAUGAUUUGGGCCGCUUUGAUCGUGCGCUCAUCCAUAUGCACUUCCUGUGGCUGGGUCCGUUGGAGCUGCUGAUCGCCUCGUAUUUCUUGUACCAGCAAAUCGGAGUGGCCUCCUUUUAUGGCAUCGCUAUACUCCUGCUAUAUCUGCCGCUGCAAACGUAUCUGAGCCGCUUGACCUCGGCCCUGCGACUGCGCACGGCAGUCCGCACAGAUCGUCGCGUCCGCAUGAUGAACGAGAUCAUUGCCGGGAUUCAGGUGAUCAAGAUGUAUGCCUGGGAGCUGCCCUUCGAGCGAAUGGUGGCCCAAACGCGUGCCAGCGAGAUGAACGUCAUACGCAAGGUGAACUAUAUACGCGGCGUUCUGCUCUCCUUUGAGAUCACGCUGGGACGGCUGGCGAUCUUUGCCAGCCUGCUGGCCUAUGUGCUCGCCGGUGGCCAGCUGACGGCGGAGCAGGCAUUUUGUGUGACCGGAUUCUACAACAUUUUGCGGCGCACCAUGAGCAAAUUCUUUCCCAGUGGCAUGUCCCAGGUGGCUGAGCUCUUGGUAUCCUUGCGGCGGAUAACAACGUUUAUGCUGCGCGACGAAACGGAUGUGGCCAUGCUGGCCGAGGAGGAGGACGACGACAGGGCAGCGGAGAGUAAGAAACUCCUAGCAAAUGGCAAUCAACAGCAGUUCAGCUCGGAUGUCUGCGUUGAGAUCAAGCAUUUGAGAGCACGCUGGAAUACGGAUCACGCGGAUCCCGUUUUGGAUGAUAUCAAUAUGCAGCUACAGCGACAGCAGCUGGUGGCUGUCAUUGGGCCCGUGGGCGCUGGCAAGUCCAGCCUGAUACAGGCCAUUCUGGGUGAGCUGCGCGCCGAGUCGGGCACGAUUAAGUUAAGCGGACGCUGCUCCUAUGCCUCACAGGAGCCCUGGCUAUUCUGUGCCAGUGUGCGUGACAAUAUACUGUUUGGCCUGCCGCUGGACAGGCAACGUUACAGAACGGUGGUCAGGAUGUGCGCCUUGGAACGUGACUUUGAGCUGUUGGAGCAGGGCGACAAGACGCUUGUCGGGGAACGUGGCGCAUCGCUGUCCGGCGGGCAGAAGGCUCGCAUUAGCCUGGCGCGUGCUGUUUAUCGCAAGGCGGAUGUGUAUCUGCUCGAUGAUCCGCUCAGCGCCGUGGACGCGCAUGUGGGCCGGCAUCUGUUCGAGCAGUGCAUGCGAGGAUUUCUGCGCCAUCAGCUGGUCAUAUUGGUCACACAUCAAUUGCAGUUUCUGGAACAGGCCGAUCUCAUUGUGAUCCUGGACAAGGGCAAGGUGACCGAUAUUGGCACCUAUGACCAUAUGCUCAAGUCUGGCCAGGAUUUCGCCCAGAUGCUAGCACAGCAGCCACAAGAGGUGACUGAGAUUGAAGUGGAGACAAAGACCUGCGGCGAUGCCAAUGAUAAAUCUACGACGUAUUCUCGCCAAAAUAGCGUGGAAAGUCGCAGCAGCAUUUCCUCCAUGGGCUCAAGUGCGGAUGAUUCAUUAAUGGCCCGGGACAAGCCAAAGGAAGUGCAGGAAACGCGCUCAGCCAACAAAAUUGGUUGGGGCAUGUACCAGAAAUACUUCAGAGCCGGCUGUGGCUGGUUAAUGUUUCUGCUGGUGGUGCUCCUAUGCCUGGGAACGCAACUGAUGGCGUCUUGGGGUGACUACUUUUUGUCCUACUGGGUAAAGAGCAACUCGUCAUCAACGUUGGACAUCUACUACUUUGCGUCCAUCAAUGUGGCGCUGAUCAUAUUUGCUCUGCUGCGUACGCUUCUGUUCUAUAGCAUGGCCAUGCACUCCUCCACCCAGCUACACAACUCCAUGUUCCGGAGCAUUACACAUGCGGCCAUGUAUUUCUUUCAUACAAAUCCAUCGGGUAGGAUAUUAAACCGUUUUGCCAUGGAUAUGGGCCAGGUGGACGAGGUGCUGCCCACUGUUAUGCUGGAUUGCAUACAGAUAUUCCUCACCUUGGCUGGCAUUAUAUGCGUGCUUUGCAUUACGAAUCCUUGGUAUCUGAUCAAUACGCUGGCCAUGCUGCUAUGCUUCUAUUAUCUACGCAACUUCUAUCUGAGCACAUCGCGGGAUGUGAAGCGUCUGGAGGCUGUUGCCCGUUCGCCCAUGUAUUCGCAUUUUGGUGCCACGCUGAAUGGACUGCCCACAAUACGUGCCAUGCAUGCACAGAGGAUGCUGAUUGCGGAAUAUGAUCAUUACCAGGAUAAUCAUUCCAUUGGCUACUAUACAUUCCUGACGACAAGUCGUGCCUUUGGUUACUAUCUGGAUCUAUUUUGUGUGAUAUAUGUUUUGAUCAUAAUACUAAACAAUUUUGUGUAUCCGCCUGAGAAUCCCGGCCAAAUUGGCUUGGUCAUAACGCAGGCCAUGUCCAUGACAGGCAUGGUGCAGUGGGGCAUGCGGCAAUCGGCCGAGCUGGAGAACGCCAUGACCUCCGUGGAACGUGUGAUUGAGUACAGAAGCCUGAAGUCCGAAGGAGAAUUUACUUCGACUGUUGACAAAAAACCGCCUGCCAGCUGGCCAGAAGCUGGUCAAAUUGUGGCUGACGAUUUGAGUUUACGUUACGAACCAGAUCCCAAGGCGCCACAUGUGCUGAAAUCCCUGAAUUUCAUUAUCGAACCAUGCGAGAAGGUGGGCAUCGUGGGCCGCACGGGCGCUGGCAAAUCCUCGCUCAUCAAUGCCCUUUUCCGCCUGUCCUAUAACGAUGGCUCCAUAGUGAUCGAUGAGCGGGAUACGGAGCAGAUGGGCCUACACGAUUUGCGUAGUAAAAUUUCAAUUAUACCUCAGGAGCCGGUGUUGUUCUCCGGCACAGUACGCUACAAUUUGGAUCCGUUUCAGCAAUAUCCUGACGACAAACUGUGGCAAGCUUUGGAGGAGGUGCAUCUUAAGGAUGAAAUCGGCGAGAUGCCAAUGGGUCUGCAGAGCAACAUUUCCGAGGGUGGCUCCAAUUUCAGCGUGGGUCAACGUCAAUUAGUGUGCCUGGCACGCGCCAUUUUACGCGAGAAUCGCAUCCUGGUCAUGGACGAGGCCACCGCCAACGUGGAUCCACAAACUGAUGCACUUAUUCAGACGACUAUUCGAAAUAAGUUUAAAGAAUGCACCGUACUUACAAUAGCUCACAGGCUACACACGAUUAUGGACUCGGAUAAGGUUUUGGUUUUGGACGCGGGACAGGUUGUGGAGUUUGGUGCACCUUAUGAACUCUUGACAACCUCCAAGAGUAAUGUUUUCCACGGCAUGGUUAUGCAGACAGGGAAAACAACAUUUGAACAUCUUCUGAAAAUAGCACAGCAUACUUAUGAAAAAAACCUGGAAAAAAAAGCGGAAUCAGUUGAACUGCAGCUUUAAAAAUAUUAUUACUAUGAGCACCAUGGAUCUACUUAGGAUUUGCUGUCUUGCCAAUUACUACUUCAUUUAGAGGUUAGUUACCUCUCCAUAUAGUUAUGGCCUUACCCUGGUA